AUGUAUUUAGCGCUAGCCUUAGUAUUAGUCUUUACUUUCAUCUUUGGUCUAAUUAGUAUCUUUCUCUUUAGAAGACCAGCCAAGAUUCGACAAGUCCUUCUAAUGGGCGAACGAGGCACAGGAAAGACCAGACUCUUCCUAGCCCUCUCUCAAAAGGAGUCCAGCCAUGCCCGCACUUUACCUACUCUAGAAGAGAGUGCCGAAAAGCUAUCCAACACUCUAAUUAUUCUAGACCGACCCGGCGACGCACCCGACCAUGUCCACCAAUUGUCUUCACUCUCUUCAAGCGACAUUAUUCUUUUCUUCUUCCACCAUCCCGCCAGCCAGCCACCCCGUCGCACUUCAGCCAAAAUCAUAACUAUCUACACUGGCACCGCCAAGGACAUUACAGCCGACUACCACUUUGACCCCGCCCAGGGCAUUCCAGCCAAGACUCUCGCCCAACUAACCAAAGACCUCAAAAUAUAA